CCUGUCAGAUCCUUCCAUGCUGGUGUCAUGGUGGAGACGCUUCGGUCUCAACAAUACACCAAGCUACACUAUUCUAUUGUGUAUAUAUUAUUGCAAAUGGCUCUCUGAUCCUGAGCAAAGAGGGCUACCAAGUAAUCCAGACCUGAUUGAGGUUAUUUCUGCAGGCACACUGGCAGGACUGAUACUUGACAAUGGCGGCGAAUGAACUGGAUGACGUAAUCCAAAGAUGGCGAAGGACCAAAGAAAAAGAUCUGAAACCAGAAGAUCAUGAACUCUUUCUGAGCAUUGCUGGUACCUGCAUUGCUCAGAGUGACAUCGCACAACUGUUGGACUUCAUUAAAGAGGAGAAAAAUCAGAACAUAGUGAAGGCUAUGGGUUGUGGCCUCCUAGGACCUCUGAUUAAAGAGGUAGUGGAAAAGAAGAGGGACCCUGUGAACUGUGAGGCCAUUAUCACCCAUUUGGUGCAGAUCUGCAGGGCAAACGACCUGCUGGAUGUUCUGCUUAGGGAAAUGGAAGAUGCUGGCCCUGAUGCUACUGCAGAUGCCAUCAUUCUUCUCAUGCAGCAUAUUCAUCUAGUGCUGUCAAGGUUGGGUGAUUCAAAGGCCCUCUCCCUGGGCCGGGCUCUGGACGCUCUGCAGAAACAGAUUUCUAAGCUGCCUGUACCAUAUUCGCGCAAACAGGAACAGGAAGACAAAUAUGGGCUCUGUCGCUGCUGCACUGCUCUGCUGACCUUUGUGCAACCAUUUGUGCAGGAAGUCAAAAGUCAAGAAACAAAAAGUCCAGUGACAACAAGCAAUGAUGAAGAACUGAGGACUGUGCUUCUCAAGUUCUGCAUGCAGAGUCUGAGAGAACCUCUCCUUGAAGCUCAGCUCGACAGGGAGGCAGACACUUCACAAAACUCUGCCCUCUGGAACUUUGCCACAGAGAUAAUGGCCAUUCUAUCAGCUAUCCAGGAGCCUCUUCCCAAACUGCUGUUCUACUAUCCUUUGAGAGGGAAAGAAGAUAUGGGAGUUCGGAAGCAAGACAACAGUCACACAACUGAAUCAAGGGCCUGCCUGGCUUACUUACUAUUUGUCCAGCUCAUUGCUAUGGAAGUGUUCCCUGCUGUCUUCAGCCCCAUUUUUGUCCUGCAGUGUAAUAUGGAAUACAUCAGUAUAUUGUUGAGCAGAAAAGAUGAAUCGUGGAUAUUAAAAGGCUUGGACUUGUAUGUCAAAACCUUGGAGAGAGUUCUGGAUAAUAGCCUCCCUGUACAGCUUUUGGAGCUGAGAACCUUUUACAGUGUUCCACAGAUUUUAGUUAAAAUCAUGAUUGAGUGUCCAAUCCAGCAUUUAAGAGUAAAAGCUCUCAUCGUAUUUCAGCUUUUUAUAGAGAAACUCAAUGGGGAGGCCAAGCAUAAAUUUUUCAGAUGCACCAUGAAAACCUGUCAACAUGCAGGAGUAGAAAGCAUCAUCCUCAAAAACAUCAAGAAUCAAGCAGAACAUUCAAGCAAAUCAGAACAAAGGGAUGGCUGGUUUGAGGGGACGUUACUGAUAACACUUCUUAGGGACACUGUGAAUCUACCUCAAGGCCCAGAGACAGACUUACUGCAUGGGAUGGACAGGGUCAUGGAGUCUCUAAAUCUCCUGAGAUAUCUACUUAUCAAAGAGAGAUCAAAAGCUACAGCCAUAUGGACAGACCUUUGUAACAUUGCAGAGACCUACAUAAAGAUACUGCGCAUGUGUCUGAGCAUGUCUAAAUCAUACUAUGGCACUGAACUGAAGAAACUUCAUGAAGAAAAAAGGAUCAAAGCAAAGGAAUUUAAAGAAAUGUCGAAGAAGAAACCAAUCCAGCACAUGAUUGUGAAAAAUGAAAGUCUAGAUGGAAUGCCACCUGAGGCACAGGACAAGGUACUACAGUGCGCACUUGUGACAUAUGACCUGAUGGAAAGCCUUGUGGUCCGAAUAGAGGAGAUCAUAGAAGAAAGAGUCUAACAUUAACAACCGUUUUUUUUCUUUAGCUAUCUCUUGUCUAGUAAACUUGUAUUAUUAUGUUUUAUUUUCAUGCUACCUAUGUAUUUACACAAGAUCUCCAUUCUAAAUGAACCUUGCACUAACUCCCAAGAAAAACCUCUGAAUAUUGACAUCUGUAGGACUGGAAAGUCUCUGUAGUUGCAGUAAUAAAAAGGUCUGCAGGUCACAGCAAUAAAAAUCUAAGUGUGGCUUUAAUACAUAAACACUCUCACUGUGGCUGAUGGAGCUUCAUGUUACCU